CAACACUCUUGGCAGCCACACUGAGAGUUUGCGAAUCCAUCUCAUCUCCCACUCGGCCUGCGCAAAUUAUCGACAACGACCUUCAACCCGGCGUCAACCCUUUCCUUCGACCCUUUCCUUCAUUCCAGCAUCUGCUUGUCACAGUAGCCAAAAUGACGAACAGAGGCAAGCCCCGCGGUUUGAACGCCGCCCGCAAGCUCGUCGCCGCCCGAAAGGAAGGUCGUUGGGCCGAUUUGCACUACAAGAAGCGUCUCCUCGGAACCGCCUACAAGUCGUCGCCAUUCGGUGGCUCCUCCCACGCCAAGGGAAUCGUGCUUGAGAAAGUCGGUGUCGAGGCCAAACAACCCAACUCCGCCAUCCGAAAAUGUGUCAGAGUGCAAUUGAUCAAGAACGGAAAGAAGGUCACUGCUUUCGUCCCCAACGACGGUUGCUUGAACUUUGUGGACGAGAACGACGAAGUCCUCCUUGCUGGUUUCGGUCGUAAGGGCAAGGCCAAGGGUGAUAUUCCCGGUGUGCGAUUCAAGGUCGUCAAGGUCUCCGGUGUCGGUUUGACUGCUUUGUGGAAGGAGAAGAAGGAGAAGCCCAGAUCAUAGAUGGUCUAUGAGUGGAUCAUGGUACGGGAGCAGAACAAGGGAUGUGGACAUGGGGAUUACCCAUGAUUGGGUUCUCCAUCACCGUGCAUCGGACAAAGCAGGCCGCAACAUAGCGGACAAAACCGAAGCAUCUCGAGAUGGAUGACAAGGUUACGGCCACGGCCACGGCCAUAUUUCAAGUGCUGAAAGGGUGGCCAUGGUUCGCCCUCCGAACCUUGGCUGUUUGAUAGACCCUUGAUGUCAGCAAGACUAUGAAUAAACACAUGAAACAGCAACCGAGGUUUGCUAACAAGCUUCUUUGAGUUCACUGUUCAGCCCGAAUAAUGCGUUGCAACUAUUGGUUCCAUCCACGCCUGACUGAGGUCCUGCCGUGGUCAAGACUAUCAAAGCUGAAGCAGGAAGUUUCCCAUCCUUAGGCCAGCGCAGGUACGGUGGUGAAUUCUUAUUGCUCAAUCUCUCAGCAAACGUGUACUUUUGAUCCCAUGCCCUGAUGAAAACUACUCAAUUAUAGAUGCAAAAAGGAAGCCUUGAUCGGACACACAUACUGGGCGGUCGGUGCUCGACAAUAUGGCAAGCUGGCCCGGAAUACUCCCGCAUAACCUCAGUGCAUUACAUCCAUAGCAUCCCGCUUUG